UAAAACAGAUCAGACGUGCUCUUGGGUGUGAUGAGGCGCUGAAGAGGAGAAAUCGGCACCGUUUCCAUACGCAGAGCGCGUUGUAACACCGUUUCACCGGAGCGCAGCAGCACAACCCUGAAGUUUGAGGUGGGCUUUUAUUAUGCGAAGCGGCGUUGCGACGUGUCAGAGAUGAAGGAAAAGUCCAAGAAUGCGGCAAAAACGAGACGAGAAAAAGAAAAUGGAGAGUUUUACGAGCUUGCCAAGCUCCUGCCUUUGCCCUCGGCCAUCACCUCGCAACUGGAUAAGGCCUCCAUCAUCAGGCUGACCUCCAGCUACCUGAAGAUGAGGGCCGUGUUUCCCGACGGUGUGGGGGAGGCAUGGGACGAGGUAACGCGCUGUAGUCCGCUUGACUCUGUGGCGAAAGAGCUCGGAGCGCACCUGCUGCAGACUCUGGAUGGCUUUGUCUUUGUAGUCGCCUCUGAUGGCAAAAUCAUGUAUAUCUCUGAGACGGCCUCAGUUCACCUUGGCUUAUCACAGGUUGAGUUGACAGGUAACAGCAUAUUCGAAUACAUCCACCCGUCUGACCAUGACGAGAUGACUGCAGUGCUGAGCGCUCACCAGCCACUUCACCCGCACCUUCUACCAGAGUACGAGAUGGAACGAUCCUUCUUCCUCAGGAUGAAGUGUGUAUUAGCCAAGCGGAACGCAGGGCUGACGUGCGGUGGUUACAAGGUGAUUCACUGCAGUGGUUAUCUAAAGAUCCGGCAGUAUGUGAUGGAGGUGUGUCUCUACGAGUCCUGCUAUCAGAUUGUGGGUCUGGUGGCAGUGGGUCACUCGCUGCCUCCCAGCGGCAUCACCGAGAUCAAACUCCACAGCAACAUGUUCAUGUUCCGCGCCAGCCUAGACCUCAAGCUCAUCUUCCUCGACAGCAGAGUGGCUGAGUUGACCGGUUAUGAGCCGCAGGACCUGAUAGAGAAAACCCUUUACCAUCACGUCCACGGCUGUGACGUGUUCCACCUGAGAUACGCACACCACUUACUACUGGUGAAAGGGCAGGUCACCACAAAGUAUUACCGCAUGUUGUCCAAGCAUGGCGGCUGGGUCUGGGUCCAAAGUUACGCCACCAUCGUGCACAACAGCCGCUCAUCUCGGCCGCACUGCAUCGUUAGUGUCAACUACGUUCUCACCGAUAUUGAGUAUAAGGACUUGCAAUUGUCUCAGGAGCAGCUCAAGGCCAGACCAGUCCUGUCCUAUAAGAGCUCUCAUUCUCCACCACAGGACUUGCGCAAACAGUUCAAAACCAAAACAGCCAGAGUCAAAACCAAACCCAAAACGUCCCCAUACCCACAGCUCUCCAUGUCCUCUGAUAAGUUGGAAUCCCCUCCAGGAGGUAGCUGGAAGUCAAGUCCUCCGUGCAGCCUUUCAGCCAGCCAGGAAAAGAGUCCUGUCUCACUUUCCAACCCUGAGCCGGGCGAGAUGCUGCCCUAUAGUCUGCCGCUGCGGUACUCGUGCGCACAAGCUCACACACGCCUCCGUGAGGACUGCAGAAAGCUGCGGCCAGUGACCAGUUCCCCAGAGCAGGAUGAGUGUCAGCUCCUGUCAGGUCCAGUGGUCCACAGAGAAGAACACUGGAGCAACACAGGCUCCCCCAAACACCCUAUAAAUCCACACACACUCAGCACUAAAUCUUCUCUGCACAACGGCAGCCCAACCACCUCAUCGUAUGGCAACAGUUACGCAGAUUGUGCUACAGUGUCCAGGAGGUUUCCCGGGGAGUCUCUCCAUGAAAACUUCAGCAGCUGCUCGUCUUCCUCCAGACCUAGCAGCCGCUUCAAAGAGGAGCCAUAUGAACAUCUCUCCAUCAGCCAUAGCAGGCCACAGAGCCAUCUUCACAAUCCUAUACAGGGAAGUACUGAGGCUAGGAAACUCAGUAAAGACCCCACAGGGAGGACCGAGAUGGCAGUGCCAUGCCGGCUGUUGAGUAAGAGCACCUAUGAUCAGCCACGUGUGUGCCAGGGACUCCAGAACCUUAGUCAGAACUUUCCCAUGCAGAUGAUGCUGGAACAGAAACAUAGGUUGCACAUGACUGAGACAUCAUACAACCCCCAAGGGCAGCAGCAAACGGCUCGUGGGCACUGCGAUGCCACCAGGGGUGAGGAGAGGACAGUACUGAAGGGACAAGCUCCAUACGUCUCGCUGAACCUUCACCACGUUCUGGCUAAGCACAGCUCCUUCCCAGCUGUGCCGUAUUCACUUGGGCACCUGACGGACAGCUACAACUACCGGGGGGAGGAACUCAACCCCUAUUUGUACAGGGGCCAGAGCCCUGCCUCCCGCCCUUCCCCUGAGACCCACAGCCAAAUUCCGCACUACAUCGGCACCUCGGUCAUCAUCAGCAACGAGAGGUGACAUGCUCAGGGUCAGUUGUCAGGGGUCAGAUACCAAGGACGCUAAAACUCUUGUGCCAGUAGGCUGCAAGUGAACAGUGAUUCAGACACAGCUGCACUCAUGCAAGCCAGUGCUAGACUCUGCAUGGAGCAACACAUUACUUCAGGUACUGAAUAUAUUCUAUUUUUGCAAACCGCAUAGCCGAUAGUGAGACGACAAAGCUGGUGAUAUUUGUGAAAAUGCUUAGAACUGGUAUAAUCAUCUAUGAUUUUUAUUUGAAUGGCGUCCUAGUUGCUGAAAAAGCAAGCAACUAAAUAUGCAAGAGCAUAUCGCUCAAUGUGAACUGAAAACUUACCUAACUGUAGGUUCGAUUUGACCUAAAUAGUAUAAAAAUCCUGAUAUUAUAUUUAAAAUCAAUGUCAAGAUGCACAGACUGUUAACCCCCACCUUAACAACCUUUCAAGAAUUAUGAUUUUUUUAAAAAAGUUUACACACAGCAUGAUGGGUAUGAUAUGUGAACAGUGAAAACAAAAUGUACUGAUAUUAAGAAUUUAAAUGUUUUUGCCAUGUGAUUUAUUUUUAAGUUGAAACAAACCAAAAGAACAUAAUAUCUUUUUUUUUAAAAUAUGCUCACUGGCUCAUGGACAGAAGAUAUUAGCAAUUUCCCAGCU